GGUGUCGCAAAAUAUAAAAGUAACGACGUGUCAUUGGACCGGUGUCACCUCCGACGUGUCCGCUCAGAUGACCAUUUCCUGUUUAGCUAGCAAAAAGCUUAGUGGCUGCCGGAGAGUUUUAAGGAGAUUUCAUGCCUUCAAUUGGCUUUCCUGGUUCUUGAGGCUCUAAGAUCGUCAGGUAAAACAGCAGGCUGCAGUGAUGUCAUCAGAGCCCAAGUCCCCCACUCCCACCCCAGGGGACACAUACAAGGGCUGGCUCUUCAAAUGGACUAACUAUAUCAAAGGUUACCAGAGACGCUGGUUUGUUCUCAGCAAUGGACUCCUCUCCUAUUACAGGACUCAGGCAGAGAUGGGCCACACGUGCCGCGGCACCAUCAACCUGGCCACGGCCAACAUUGUCGUGGAGGACUCGUGCAAUUUUGUCAUUUCCAACGGCGGUGCGCAGACCUACCACCUGAAGGCCAGCUCGGAGGUGGAGCGCCAGCGCUGGAUCACCGCCUUGGAGCUGGCCUUUGACACGGGGAACAACUCUGAUGACUCAUGCGAAGACGGUCCCUCAGCGCCCCCCACAUCAGGACAUGGCGGCGGGCGUACCUUAGAUAUCCAAUCUACGCUGCGCACACUCGGCAGCAAGGUGGAGGAUCUCGAUACCUGCAACGAUCUCAUUGUCAAGCAUGGAUCUGCCCUGCAAAGGUCUUUGUCAGAACUGGAGGGGAUUCAGCCCGGAGCGGACGUGGGGGAUAAGAUGAGACAAGUGACCGAGCGAGCGACGCUGUUCCGCAUCACCUCCAAUGCAAUGAUAAACGCAUGCCGGGACUUCCUCUCGCUGGCUCAGAACCACAGCAAGCGCUGGCAGAAGGCCUUGCAGCUGGAGAGAGACCAGAGGGUGAGGCUGGAGGAGACCCUGGAGCAGCUGGCCAAGCAGCACAACCACUUGGAGAGAGCUUUCCGGGGAGCAACAGUGCUUCCGUCGUCAAACAGCAACGCCGCCUUGGGCAGCAAAGGCGCUCUUUCAGGAAAAGGAGAUUCCAGCGAUGAGGAUGACAACAACGUGUUCUUCGAUGCCAUGGAGGAACCGGCAGAGUUCAUUACGGUCCCUGCCGAUCCCAAAUACCACAGGAGAUCUGGCAGCAAUGUGAGCGGAUUCAGCAAUGAGACCGGAAUGGAUGACCUAUCUGUAAACUUCGACGAGCUUUCGAUGGCCUCCAGCCCAGAGUCACCGCAGUCCCUGGAGCUGGAGCCAGUCAGACAAAGGCGGUCUCGUAUCCCCGACAAGCCCAACUAUUACCUCAACCUUUGGAGCAUCAUGAAGAACUGCAUUGGAAAGGAGCUCUCAAAGAUACCAAUGCCCGUGAACUUCAACGAGCCUCUCUCCAUGUUGCAACGUUUGUCCGAGGACCUGGAGUACUACGAGCUGCUGGAUAAGGCGUCAAAGUGCCAGAGCUCUCUGGAGCAGAUGUGCUACGUGGCGGCCUUCACCGUUUCCUCCUACUCCACCACCGUCCACCGCACUGGAAAACCCUUCAACCCCCUGCUGGGAGAAACCUUUGAGCUGGAUCGCUUGAGAGAGUGUGGCUACCGUUCCCUCUGUGAGCAGGUAAGUCACCACCCGCCUGCCGCAGCCCACCACGCCUUCUCUGAAAAAGGAUGGACUCUCAGACAAGAAAUCACCCUGGCCAGCAAGUUUCGAGGAAAAUAUUUGUCCAUCAUGCCCCUGGGUGCAAUCCAGUGCAUGUUUGCUAAGAGCAACAACCAUUACUCUUGGAAGAAAGUCACCACAACAGUACACAAUAUUAUUGUGGGAAAGUUAUGGAUCGAUCAGUCAGGGGAGAUCGACGUUGUCAACCACAAGACGGGGGACCGCUGCCACCUCAAGUUCGCUCCCUACAGUUACUUCUCCAGAGAUGUGCCAAGAAAGGUGACUGGCGUGGUCACAGACAAGGACGGAAAGGCGCAUUAUGUGCUCUCGGGCACUUGGGAUGAGAAGAUGGAGUUCUCCAGGAUCAUGCAGAGCAGCAAGAGCGAGAACGGUGCUGAGGGCAAACAGAGAACCGUCUACCAGACUCUUAAAGCCAAAGAAAUAUGGAGGAAGAACCCGUUGCCAGAGGGAGCAGAGACUAUGUACUUCUUCUCCUCGCUGGCCCUGACACUUAACGAGCCCGAAGAGGGCGUGGCACCGACGGAUAGCCGACGGCGGCCCGACCAGCGAUUGAUGGAAGACGGACACUGGGAUGAGGCCAACGCAGAGAAACAGAGGUUGGAGGAGAAGCAACGGAUGGUCCGUCGGGAGAGGGAGAGGGAAGUGAUCAAGGCGGCCCAGACGCCGGACGAAGCUUCCACCCAGGAACCAAUCACUGACUCACCCUUAAAAAUUGACCCAGACCAGAUCGGAACAGAAGCGAGUGAGGGUUCCGAUGAAACCCCUCAUCAAGACAGCCACCAGGCGCUUUGGUUUGAGAAGACUGACGACGCCCAGUCAGGAGAGACCCUGCACGUCUACAAAGGGGGCUACUGGGAGACAAAGGACAGCGGUGCGUGGGACAUGUGCCCGGACAUCUUCUGACGACCUCACCCGGCGUGAAGAUGGCGCACUUCCCUCUCAGGAUGCGAGUGUGUGUUUUUUCUUCUCUACACCUCCAGAAAUGAAGCGGCUGUACUUUGCAGGAACACGGCGGCACCAAGCACACGAGCCAAGGUUGCAUUACCGCUGCUUUCUAUUUUUUUUAGCACUCAUCGGCAAGGCCACGAUCAUCCACCUCACCAAAACGUGCACGUUACUGACAAGGUGAAAAUGGUCCACACCCCCCCUAAAUUGUGUUGAUUUUUGGCUGUAACUGCAAAUGCAGUGUCAUAAAGGAACAGGAGAGUGCUUGAGAGUAGUUGUUUUCAAAAUGUUAGGCACCAAAACACUUUGGAGGGGUGCAGCAGUUUAAAAAGAAU